UCUCGGGUGACCUCCGCGUUGACUCUACCCUCCGCGGUUUCGUCUUUGAAAUGGGAUCGCGGGUCCUGACGUCACUCGGGCUCUCAAGCACUGUCCUGACCAAGGGGAAAGCCGGCCAGGUGGAAAAACCAAUCCCCCGGCUCUGGAACCCGUUUCUAUGACAACCCGGCUAACCAGCGUCUGCGGGCGGAGCGCUGCUUGUCACUUCCAGCUCAUUUGCUUCCGGGUUCCGCUUGGGCCUCCUCGACUGCCCCUGAGGGGUGAGGUUGGGUUCCGCGGAGAAGCGCUCCUCCCCUCCUCCCGUCUCCCGCUGCCUCGUCCCCGAACGGUAGCCCCUCAUUCCUCCUGUUCACCUGGGGGCCACCGGCUUCCGCCGCUCCUUCCCAGGCUCAGCGCGCAGCCUCGAUCCGGCCUCUCGCAGGGGCCCUCCGUUGACGUCACUUCCGGGCAGAGUGCUUCCGGGCCGCCCAAGCUCCGGUACUGGUCUCGGUCCCUGGAGCCGGCGGGAGCGACGGGGCCGUGCUCCGGCGGCGCUCGCUUGGCUGGCGGGCAGCGGCGGAGCAUGCGCUGGCCCGUGGGUACCAUGCCAGUUCUUCAUGUGAUGUGCCAACCUCCAGUCCCAGAGCCAUGGGGGAGAUGAGGUAGCCCUUGGGUUUGAUUGGGGAAGCCCAGUUCAAUGGAUACGAAGUACAAGGAUGAUUUAUUUCGGAAGUACGUGCAGUUCCAUGAGAGCAAAGUGGACACCACCCCUGGCAAGCAGCAGCCUGGUGGCGAUGAGUACCUGCGAGUGGCAGCCGCCACGCUGCUCAGCCUGCACAAGGUGGACCCCUUGCAACGAUUUCGGCUGAUCCGCUUUUAUGAAGUGGUGGAGAGCUCCCUCCGCUCACUGAGCGGCUCCAGCCUGAGCGCUUUGCACUGCGCCUUCAGCAUGCUAGAGACGGUGGCCAUCAACCUCUUCCUGUUCCCCUGGAAGAAGGAGUUCCGCAGCAUCAAGACCUACACAGGCCCUUUUGUUUACUAUGUCAAGUCCACAUUGCUGGAGGAGGACAUCCGAGCCAUUCUGAGGUUCAUGGGCUACGAGCCUGAGUUGGGCACUGCGUACAAACUAAAGGAGCUUGUGGAGUCCCUCCAGGUGAAGAUGGUCUCCUUUGAGCUCUUCCUGGCCACGGUGGAGUGUGAGCAGAUGCUGGGGAUCCACUCGAAGGUGAAGGACAAGGGCUACUCGGAGCUGGAUGUGGUGACCGAACGCAAGGGCAGCACAGAGGACGCGCAUGGGUGCUCAGAUGCUCUGCGGAGACGGGCCGAGAGUCGGGAGCACCUGACCACUUCCAUGGCUCGUGUGGCACUUCAGAAGUCAGCCAGUGAGCGGGCAGCCAAGGACUACUACAAGACCCGAGUGACCAAACCCUCCAGGUCGGUGGAUGCCUACGAUAGUUACUGGGAGGGCAGGAAGCUCUCCUCAAAGGUCUCCUCACUGGGUCUGCGAAAGGAUCCCCUGGCCAUGGCUGUAGGGGAUGACCUGAAGGAUGAGAUCAUCCGCCCGUCCCCCUCCUUGCUGACCAUGUCCAGCUCCCCCCAUGGUAGCCCUGAUGACCCUCCAUCCAUCUCCCACGUCAAUGGCCUUGGCCUGCUGCGCAGUACGUACUUUUCCACUCAGGAUGACGUGGACCUGUAUACGGACUCGGAACCCAGGGCCACCUACCGGAGGCAGGAUGCGCUGCGACCAGAUGUGUGGCUGGUUAAAAAUGAUGCCCACUCCAUUUACCACAAGCGUUCACCCCCCACCAAAGAGUCAGCCCUCUCCAAGUGCCAAAACUGUGGCCUGCCCUGCAGCUCCUCCCUCUGCCAGCGCUGUGACAGUCUACUCGGCUGUCCUUCCGCCUCCAAGUCCAGCGCCUUUCCCAGUAAGGCCUCUGCUCACGACAGUCUGGUCCAUGGGGCACCUGUGCGGGAGAAGUAUGUGGGCCAGACUCAGGGCUUUGACCGGCUGCCACCUGUGCACUCAAAGCCCAAGCCCUCCACCACAGCCACCUCCCGCUGUGGCUUCUGUAACCGCGUGGGUGCCACCAACACCUGCACUCAGUGUUCAAAAGUCUCCUGCGACGCCUGCCUCGGCGCCUAUCACUACGACCCCUGCUGCAGAAAGAGUGAGCUGCACAAGUUCAUGCCCAAUGACCAGCUCAACUACAAGUCCACGCAGUUCUCCCAUCUCGUGUACAGAUAGGUCCCACCCCACCUCCUGCUACAAGGGCUACACCACUGACCUGGCUUGGUUCCGUCAAGAGGUAGCACGGCAGUGUCAGAGGCGGAGGCCUGAGCUUGACCAUGGAAGCGGCCAGGGCUACUGUUCCUUCACACGCGAGUUCACUUAGCACUUGACACGCCCCCGCAGCUGCUGUGUGGGCUGAGGGACAGAGUGGCACCUCAUCCAGUCAUUUCACUCAUCUCUCCACUCCCUGCUUAGCUGGUUUGGGUUUGGGUUUUGGUUCUGGUUCCUUUGAAAGAAGGUCUCUGUCUCUGGGACUCUCGCCAUACCUACCCCUCCCACUGCAAAGCCGGUUUGGACUGGGAAGGGUCCUUUGGGUCACCUUCAAAUACCCACGAAUGGCGAGCUAGAGGCCUGCUGGCUUGUGAAAUGAGCCCUCCUGCCAUACCAGCCUCUCUGAUGGCUCGCCUCUUCUCCUGCUCUACUGAUACAAGGAUCCCUAGGCAGAUGUCCCCUCCCCCUACCUCUCCCCAACCAGUUUCAAAGGGGAGCCAAGUCCAGUAUUAGCUGAAUGCCAUCUUGCCAGCUCCACUCAAUCAGCCCACAGUGUUGGCGAGCUCUGCUCAGCAAUUGGAAAGUGGACUCCACAACAGCACUGAUGUCCCUCCUUGUUUGCACCCCCUUAUUGUACUGUAUGUACAGUUGGAGGUUUAUUUGCAAGUGAGUAUUCAACUUACUGUGUGUUUCAACAUGGUGAAAGGAAUAAUGAUAUGGUAUAUAUAAAGGCACCCUGGGUCCUUUAGUCUUCCAAGCGGGGGUGCUCAUGCCCUUUCCUAGGUGGUCUCCACUUGCUAGGGUGGAGCCGAGAGCCUCGCUCGGGGUAGGGGACUGACAGAGCCCAUGUUUCUUCUCACGUGAGAGCUGCUGCCGUUCCCUAUGGUAAAUAUUAUUAUACACCUACCUCCAGUGUGCACAAGGGGUUGGCACGGUGCCGAGGUCUGCAGUGACCCCAGUGACAAGUUGGAGACCUCAGCCUUCACAUCUGCAGCUCUGGUCUUGGUGCCUGCUGAGCAUGAAUCUUGCACCCCAAACCUCGAGUUUCAUUUCAGAAGGAAAUUCAGGUGGGGUUCCCUGCCCCAUCUAUGCCUUCCUCACUGGUUCCCAGGGCUCUCAGCAGUGGCUCUCAAGUUUUUUUGCACUAGGGUGGGCAGAAGGGGUGGGGUGUGUGCCCUGCAGACAGAUGCUUCUCCAGUGCUCAGCUGAGGGGCCAGGAGCCCUUGUAUAAAUUACCUGCCUCUGGGUUUUCCUUUCCGGGGAGCAGAGCCAGGAGUAGGCAGGAAUUUGAAACUUUCACUUCCUUGUGAACUGGUAACACACUUCAGCCAUAGGCAGCUGUGAUGGCCACUGUUUGAGAUCAUGUGCUAGUGGGAUUUCCCUAAGAAAGGCAUUCAGCUGCGGAGCAGGCUUGACCAGCCGGACCCUGAGCCACUGUGAAUUUGCUGGUGUCCUUCCUAUUUACUGGAGUGAUUUUAAGGUUUCAGAUCUUACACGGCUCUUUUGUAUCUCUAGCUGAUAGAUCACAUGUAGAUAGGUGUAUAUACAGCUAAAUUUGAGUACUUUUAUUACUGAGACUAGCUUCCCUGGGCAGCGGCCUUUGAUGUUCCUUCUACACUCCAGAAUUGUUUAUGCCUGGCCCACUCCUGAGAGCUCUAGUUUUCCAUUCCAGUUUGCUCCAGAUUUGCAGGGACUCAAGAUGGAGGCCAGGUUGCCUGAGUUAGUCCAGUAUGCUUUCCACCAGGAAAUAUUGUGUGUACAGACUGGCAUGGCCUCAUCCCUCCGUGUGUCUCACUGUGGGAGAUUGCUGUGAUCCGAAUAGUUGAGUAAAUGCUAAUUUAAAAAUGCAUAUAUUUUGCAUUUGAUUUCUACAGAGUUGAAAUGUUCAGAGAUGAUUUUAAAAAACCAAAUAAAGUGUCUUCCAUUGUUAAAACGAA